GAGGGAGCGGGAGAUUGACGGAUCUCUGCCGGCCUGCAGACGCUCCUCCCCGGCUCUGACUGACACACACACACCGCCUCCUGCAGCCGGGCCACCAUGCGGGACCCGCGGAACUGGACCCCUGGGUUCGGCCCGGCGGAGCGGGGAAAACCGGCCACUUACACCGGGGAGAAGAAGGCGAAAUGGGUGGCCAAGUCCAAUAAGAAGUGGGUGAGACUGGCCACCGUGGUGGCGUACGUCCUGUCCGUGUCCCUGGCGGCCGUCAUCCUGGCUGUUUACUACAGCCUCAUCUGGAGACCCACUACCGGGACCGGGACCACCGGGGACCCUUAUGUCACAGCUCGUCACAGAAAUAAUCAAAAUACGUGUAAAUGUGAUUCUUGUAGUAAUAAAACUGUAAAUAUGCAAAACAAAGUCAGCAAUAAUGAUUCUAUUAAUAUUAAAAUCUAUGAAGACACAAUUAAUCCGGAAAAUUUCAGUAAUACUUUCAUAAAUACCGGUAAAGUUGUUGACAGUACCGGGUCUCUGGAGGUCCCUUCUACCGGGCCUGCGGACCCGCCUCAGGCCGGGAAGGGCUUCCCCUCCUCGGCUCUGACCACCGCCAAACCGCCCGCUGUGACCGCGGAGGAUCCGUCCAACCUGCCGACCCACCGGGCCGCGGCGGACCGGGACCCGGAGGCUGAUGUCGGGUGGAAGGAGGCGGACUCCUCCGGGUCCGGGACGGAGGAGCUCAGUGACGGUGUGGACGGUGUCGUUACUCAGGAAAAGUAACGGAUUAUUACCGGGACACUAGUGACUCUUUUCUUAAUAUAUCUUUGUUGUUCUGGAUGUUUGUUAUUCUGAUGAAACUUAAGAUUUAUUUAUUGUACUUGACUCACUGAAUGUCAUAAUUAUUACUUCUCACUGUAGAUCAAUACUGAACUCUUCUGUCUUUAUUUAGUCCAUGUGAGCAGUAUUUGUGUUCAUUUAAGUAUUCUUAGUGUUUCUCAUUACGAAGUUCAUAAGAUUUCAGAAAUACUGAAGUCUCAAGUCCUCAAACCCCCAAAACAGACACAAAAAUAAAACAUGUAUUUCUUUA